AUGGCCGCUUCCUCCACCGCCACCGCCACCGUGUUGGAGCCUGGUGAGAGCGCAACCUCCACCCAUACCGAGCAUUGGCAACCCAAGCUCCACUUGCCCUCCUCCCAGCUCUCCCUCGUCCCACCCUCAGCCCACCACCUCCGGCGCAGGCGCCGACGACCGGCUCGAGUCCUCCGCCUCUUCCACUCCUUCUGCCGCACCCUCCCCAUCUUCACCCCCAAGUGCAAGCUUCCCGAUCCCUGUCGCAUCGCCACCUCCUCCCCCGCAGUCAUGCCCACCAUCGCCUGCACCCCUGCCACCUCCCUCAUCGGCCCCGACCACCGUGGCCGCCGCCACCACGACCUCAUCACCGGCACCAUCUUCGGCUACCGCAACGGCCGCGUGUCCUUCUCCCUCCAGGAGAACCCCCGGUGCCUGCCCUCCCUCGUCAUCGAGCUGGCCAUGCACACGCAUGCUCUUCUACGUGAGAUGAGCGCCGGCAUGGUACGCAUUGCCCUCGAGUGCGAGAAGAGGCCAGUGGAGCACAGCAAGGAAAGCAACUCGCAGUUAUCGUCGAAUCUCAUGGACGAGCCACUCUGGGCCAUGUUCUGCAACGGGAAGAAGAGCGGGUACUGCGUACGGCGAGAGGCCUCGGAGGAGGACCUGUCGGUGAUGGAAACGCUGCGGCCGGUGUCCAUGGGGGCCGGCGUGCUACCGGGAAGGUCCGAGGAGGAGGGUCCCGAUGGGGAGAUAGCGUACGUCAGGGCCGGGUUCGAGCACGUCGUCGGGUCGACAGACUCCGAAACGCUGUACAUGAUGAGCCCCGACGACUAUAACGGUCCCGAUCUCACCAUCUUCUUCGUUAGAUUGUGA